AUGUCGUCGUCUCGAUCGCAUCUCGAUCAUCGUCCUCCUGGGUUUGGUGUUCCGCCGUCGGUCUUUGAGACCCGUGAAGGGUUGUUGAAGAAGCUCGAGAUGCUUGUUUUCUCUGGAUCUAACCCAUUUGGUUGGAUUGCUCAGGUUGAACGUUACUUUUGUUUUGGUCAGUUUCAUGGGCUCGAGCGGUUGCAGAUGGUUUCGAUGAGUUUGGAGGGUCCGGUCCUGAACUGGUUUAAUGCGGAAACAGAGAAUGAUCCUUUCACGGACUGGCAUCAGUUCAAGUGCCGUUUGGUAGCACGUUUUCGACGAGGAAUGGAGGAGGAGCCGGGAAAACGUCUGAAUCUGGUUCAUGUGUUCUUUAAUUGGUUGAAACCAGAGUUUCAGGAGGUCAUCAAGAUGAAAGAACCGCAAGGGUUAACUCAACAUAUAGCAGCGGUUAUUGGUAUGGAGGGUAGUGCGUUCUGCAAGUCAGUCAGCUUGGCAGCUCAGAAAGAUGGAGGGGUUUCUCGCGGGCUGUUUUCUCAGGGAUCUAAAGGCACGGGUUUUGGGUCUCAGUCAGGGUACAAAGGGGCUCCACCGGUUGCUAACAGACAGGCUACGGGUACUUCUUUCACACCACGGUUGAAGUAUACUCCAGCCGAGUUGGAUGCUAUGAGGAGGGAUAAUAUCUUUUUCAAAUGUAAGGGUCCUUACUCGAAGACGCACAUUUGUCCUAAGAAGGAGCUUCACAUUUUGACAGUGAUUAACGGGUAUGAUGUGGAAAUUUUGGAUGAAGGAGACGCUGCAGUUGACGUCACUAUGAACACUGAUCAGGUGGAGCUGUCUCUUAAUGCGUUUUUGGGUAUUGAUACUCCUACUACUACUAAGCUUAUGGGGGUUUUUGGUAAUGUUGGCGCUGUGGUGAUGAUUGAUAGUGGAGCCACCCAUAAUUUCGUUUCUCCUCGGGUGGUGGAGGCGGCGAAGCUUCAGUUGGCUACAGACAUGCGUUUUCAGGUGCUAUUAGGCACUGGAGUUACGGUGGAAGCACUCGGAUACUGUGGACGAACCGUAACCUUGCGUGGCGACCCUUCGCUCACGAAGACUGCUGCCUCAUUGAAAGCUCUUCAAGUUUCGGUGUUUACUGAUGCUUUGGAGCUCGGAACAGCGGCAGUAACAGACUCUGUCAUGAUCCCAUCUAUCUCUGCAGUGUUGGAUGACUUUCAAGAUGUGUUUGCGGUUCCGUCUGGAUUACCUCCUAUUCGGGGCCGUGAGCAUACAAUUCACUUACAACCCGGAGUUACUGCGAUCUCGGUGCGACCAUACCGUUACCCUCACGCAAGCAAGGAGGCGAUGGAAGCUAUGGUCACUGAGAUGCUGCAGAGUGGCAUCAUUCGACCCAGUCAAAGCCCUUUUUCAAGUCCUGUGUUGUUGGUGAGGAAGAAGGACAAGACGUGGCAUUUUUGUGUGGACUAUCGGGCAGUAAAUCGCGUCACCAUUCCGGACAAGUAUCCUAUUCCGAUGAUUGAUCAGUUAUUGGAUGAACUUCAUGGAGCUCGCAUGUUCUCAAAGAUUGAUUUACGUUCCGGUUAUCAUCAGAUUCAGAUGCGAGAGGAGGAUAUUCCGAAGACAGCUUUUCGAACUCACGAAGGCCAUUACGAGUUUUUGGUUAUGCCUUUUGGCCUCACCAACGCCCCGGCGACGUUUCAGGCCUUAAUGAAUGAGAUUUUUCGACCUUAUCUUCGUCGCUUCGUGCUGGUCUUCUUCGAUGAUAUCUUGAUCUAUAGCAAGUCCAUUGAAGAACACGAAGAACACUUGGCUGUGGUGCUACAGGUGCUGCGGGAACAAGCCUUGUUCGCUAACCGCAAGAAGUGUACAUUUGGCCAAGUGCAGGUUGAUUACUUGGGCCACAUCAUCUCGGCUGAAGGCGUGUCAACGGACCCUGCCAAGACUGACGGCAUGCGCAAAUGGCCUAUUCCACGAUCAGUCAAAGAUCUGUGCGGGUUCCUUGGCCUCACGGGCUAUUACCGCCAUUUUGUUAAAGACUAUGGGAUCUUGGCACGACCUCUGACUUCCUUACUACGUAAAGAUCAGUUCUGUUGGUCAGUUAAGGCUGAGGAAGCUUUUGCAGCUCUCAAGCACGCGAUGAUGACUACACCGGUACUCACAUUGCCAGACUUCACUCAGUUGUUCGUGGUGGAGACGGAUGCUUCGGGUUUUGGCUUGGGCGCUGUCCCCAAGCAGAACAAACGCCCUGUGGCAUAUUUCAGUCACAGUCUCACUCCCCGUGAACAGCUCAAACCUAUCUACGAGAGGGAGCUCAUGGCAAUUGUUCUAGCAGUCAUCAAAUAGAAGCAUUAUCUGACUGGUCGUCGUUUCGUGGUUCACACGGAUCAGCGCAGCCUGAAGUUUUUGCUCGAGCAACGCGAAGUAUCUAUGGAAUAUCAGCGUUGGCUCACACGUUUGAUGGGUUUCCAGUUUGACAUCAUCUACAAACCUGGGAUUGAAAACAAAGCAGCCGACGGUCUCUCGCGGCAGAUGCAGGAUUCUGUUCCGGAGGCCUGCUCAACCUUGUUCGCAUUAAUGGUUCCGUCUGUCAUUCAACUGCAAGAUAUUUUGGUAAUAGGUUUUUCUGCCUAUUGCAAAUGUUGUAGUAUAGGGGGGUGAAUGUCGAACCAGUCCUAGUGAUGUGAAUCAGUGAGAAUACAAGUCAUUUCUUAAGCUAAGCAGAUUCAAUAGUUGUGAGUGUGUGACAAGUAACA